AUGGAUUCUUUACAGAAUGAUCGCAAGUGGUGGAAAGAUGAAUCCGUCUAUCAGAUUUGGCCUGCAUCUUUCAAGGACUCGAAUGGAGACGGAUGGGGCGACCUUGGCGGCGUGAUCGAAUCAUUGGACUACAUCAAAGACCUCGGAACCAACAUUAUUUGGCUCUCACCGAUCUUCGACAGUCCUCAGCAUGACAUGGGAUAUGAUGUGUCAAAUUACGAGGAGGUUUACUCUCGGUUCGGUUCCGUCUUUGACGUCGAAGCGCUCAUCAAGGGCUGCCACGUGCGCGGAAUGCGUCUCCUCCUGGAUCUAGUCGUGAACCACACCUCUGACCAGCAUCAAUGGUUCAAAGACUCACGAUCAUCGAAACAGGACCCGAAGCGGGAUUGGUAUAUCUGGAAGCCGGCAAGAUAUGAUGAAAAUGGGAACCGUCAUCCUCCGAACAAUUGGCGAUCGAAUUUCAGCGGGAGUGCGUGGGAAUGGGAUGAGGCGACGCAGGAAUACUACCUGCACCUCUUCGCCAAAACACAACCGGAUCUCAAUUGGGAAUGUGUCGCGAUGCGGCAGGCGGUGUAUGACAGCUCAAUGAAGUUCUGGCUUGACAAGGGCGUGGACGGCUUCCGAAUCGACACUAUCACCAUCUAUAGCAAAGACCCAUCCUUCCCGGACGCUCCAAUCCAAGACAAGGAUUCACCAUGGCAACUAGCAUCCUGCCACUACCGGAACAAAGCGAGAAACUUCGAACAUAUCGCCGAGAUGAACGAGAAGGUCUUGUCUAAGUACGAUUGCAUGACUGUGGGCGAAUACGGCCCGACGUAUGACACAGAUCUGGCUCUGAGAUACUGCAGCGCCGCGGAGAAACGCAUUGACAUGGGUUUCCAAUUCGAGACAGUGUAUACCGGGUUCGGAAAAGUAGACAAAUUCAAGGCUCAACCGGUCGCCAUGGGCGAUUUCAAGGGCAGUCAUGCAAAAUGGCAGAAGUUCAUCGAAGGGAACGAUGGGUGGACUUCGGCUUUCCUUGAAAACCACGACCUACCACGGUCGGUCUCUCGCUUUGGGUGCGAUAGCCCUGAAUACCGCGAAGUCUCAGCGAAACUCCUCGCCAUGAUGGAGGCGACAGCCACUGGAACUUUGUUUAUAUACCAAGGUCAAGAACUCGGCAUGACCAACAUCCCGAAGGACUGGACGAUCGACGACUACCAAGACCUCGAAGCCCAAAACUAUUAUAACGCAGUCAAGGCUGCAACCGGCUGCGAUGGGAACGCUCUCGCGAGCGCCAUGGGCGGUCUUAGGCAGGUCGGAAGAGACCAUGCCCGAACACCUAUGCAAUGGAGCAAUUCUCCGAAUGCAGGUUUCUCAUCGGUCAAACCUUGGAUGAGAGUGAACGACAACUACCGGGAGAUCAAUGUGGCGGAUCAGCUAGCUGAUAAAAACAGCGUUUUGUCCUUCUGGAAGACCCUGCUCAAGCUGCGACGGAAAAAUAUUGGAGUUUUCGCUCAUGGUUCUUUUACAUACGUGGAUGACAGCCCGCUGUUCAACGGUGAAGUGGCGCUGGUGAUGCUCAACUUCACGUCUGAGAGCCAACCAAUUCCGUUGAGGGAGGAGUGGACAUCGACUAAGCCACUGAUCGGCAACGUUGAUAAAUCAGAGGACCAGAAGCUGGGACCUUGGGAAGGCAGGAUCUACGUGAAGUAG